UCCUCGAAUAGCACAGAGAAUCAUGGAGUACAGAAAGGAACAACCAGGUCUGUUUUCUUGGGAGAUACGAGAUCGUCUUGUUCAAGAAAGCCUGUGCAGUAAGGAAAGUCCUCCCUCUCUUAGUUCCAUCAGUAGAUUGUUGAAGAAUAAAGAUGAAUUGGACAUAACGCCAGGAAAUAUCGGGGAACGUAACAGCAAUUCCUACACGAUCGCUAGUAUCUUAAACCUACCGCCAUUUGAGAGUCGGUCUUCCUCGUCGAUUCCUUCAUCGAUGGCUUCUACAUCCACCGAUAGCCAUGUACAAUUAGCUGAACAGAAACAGACAGAGAAUACACAGGAUGCUGAAGACUCACGCGAAACUUUUCCGCUGCGGAUUGAGAGAAGAGAACGCAUCAAGUACACGAGCCACCAACUACAUGAACUUGAAACAGUAUUUAGAAUCAAUCAGUACCCAUCUGUGUCAGGGAGAGAACAUCUAGCAAGAAAAAUUGGUGUUACUGAGUCACAAAUUCAGGUGUGGUUCUCAAACCAAAGAGCGAAGUGCAAAGCUAGAAGACACUCGUCUAAUGAAGCAGAUUCAAGAACAAACAACCCAAACUACUGCACGUGUCGAAGGAUUUCAGCUUCCAACAUACUACUAAGAAUAAUGGGACCUGGUACCUCAAGAGUAUUCUUUCCACCUUGUCAACGGUGAAAACGAAUUUCGAUCACCAGGAAAACAUCAGACGUUUGGCAUUUUAUAACUGAUUAUGUAUCAAAGACAAUGCUAAAUAAAUCCUGCAUGCUUUGUUCUAGUGAGAGCAGUUAUACUUUGACAGGUCAAUAUCCCCAAGUGAUAUUACCAUUUUAGUAUCACACAAAUGUUUAAUCAUUGGUUAAUAAGUUGUGGUAAUUUUCAACAUAACCAUAUACAGCCUGCUAAAAACACCCUUAAUUUUAGAUUUAAGAACGUUUAAUUCAAAAGGGGCUCGGUGAAACCCUUUUUUUAUUAUUGAAUUGUAAUGAUGGUGUUAAGAUACAACUUUUAAGUUUAAAAAAAAACUGUAGGUAGGGCUCAGAACCACCUAAAGUUUUUGAAACUUUAAAAUUGCUCUGAAUCUAUUUAUAGGAUGUUUUUAAACAUCGACCCAUCGUUCCAUCGUUCCAUCAUUCGCAUUAAGAAACAGCCUAUUAGGAAUCUUCUUAUAUGGCGCUCUCUGGCCAAUCAGCAGCUGUGUUAUAACAGAUGAAACUGACAUGUGCUCGCUCAGCGGAAAAUCGCGCGCGCUGGUAGCGGAAUAGUGGAGGUUUACCCUGUUUACAGGUGACCGAGUAGUGGCACUUUUUUGUUUCUUUGAUCGCUUUUGCCGUUCUGUUAUAAUUACUUCUAGUCGAGGAAGCAUUCAUCAAGGUUAGAAGCUUUCAGUAAGUAUUCUAGUGGCCGACAGUGUGCAUUUUUGUCGCUUGCACCUUUGCUUUUCAAUCGAUCGGAUUCGGUCGAUUCCUGGACACAAGCAAAUAUCGGUGACAUCUUAUGUCACGGAGAUCGCAUGUGAAGCUGUUACUGGGCUUGAAAGACAUAAUAGUAACCUACAAUAAACGUACCAAGGUAGUAACUAAAAUUUUUAGACCAAAUUUAUAGUCAUUUCCAUCAUGACAAGCUUAAUAUACAGUUGGCCUUUGCGUGAUAAGACCCAUUGUUCGUCACACGUUGCGUUAACUAGUUUCACUGAUACUUCUAAGGAUCAGUUCCUGAAGCUGUUACUGGGCUUGAAAGACAUAGUAGUAACAUACGAUAAGCGUGCCAAGGUAGUAACAUCACGCCCAACAUCAAGAAUUUGCGAACGGGACUUUGGGCGUGAUGCUCAACGAGUUUGCCUUUGAA